AUGCAUACCGUCCUUGACCAGGCACCACCUGACACAUCGAAGUAUAAAACGACCUCUCUGGCCGAGGUCUUUGAGAAAGUGCGGCAGGAUCCACGCCUGGACGACCUGUUCUCCGAGCCUGGCAUAGCCAACCUCGACGUCCUUUCCCAGGAGCAAAACAUCGCUGUCGUGCUGGAACACUGGAACGCGUGGGAAAUCACUGACCUUGUAGCCCAGUUUGAGGAAUGCUGCGACCUGGCCGUCGUGCUGGCCCUGAGCAAUGGGAACCGGCGGGACUCGUUUGACUUUUUCAAUGCUCACAUCAUGACUGUGGCCCACGCGUUGCGAGUGUUGUGGCAUUAUGUCCCCACCGAUCGCCGCGCCUCGAUCUUGAAACAGUAUGCCCUCUUCGGAAUCAUGACCUAUAUCUGCCAGUUGCGGCCCCGCUUCUCCCUCGAUUGGAUCGACGCCGUCGAGGUAGAUGGCCGGGACUGGAAUUGGGUGGUUGAGACCGCAUUGGCGCACAAGUGGGCGCUGGAUGCCCAUUUCUUCAAAGUGGUGCGGGCUCCGAAGGUCUUCCAGGAGACGUUUGGUCGUAAGGAUGACUUUUACCUCAAAGCAGCCAUCAAGUAUGUGACUGAAUUCGCUGGAUGGGAGGGAUACGGCCAGGGUGUUGCGGGUUUCAUUCCAAGCCGAGAUGGAUAUAGACCCGAGUGA